UUUCCAAAAACAACCGUUGGAGAUCUCCUUUGGCUAUUCAAAUGUCAACGGCUACCUAAUAUAAAUACACAUCCCAAUCCCACCCCUUUAACCCACAAAACCGUUCCCUCUCAAAUCUUCUCAUUUUCUUCAAUCUCUUAUAAUCCCAACAUCUUUUUAUUCCUUCUACAAUUUGGGUUUCUUUCCAUCUUACAUACAAUCUCUUUUCCUUCUCAAUCUCUUCUCUUGAUUUCUAAAUCUCUUUGAGUUCUUGCAUUCAUCUAAAAAACCCAAAUAUAUAUUCACUCUCUCCUCCUUAGACUUCAUAGAGAGAGAGAGAGAAUGGGAGAGGAAAUAGGCACACCAGGAAGCUCCAUGCAUGGAGUCACAGGCAGAGAACAGUCCUUCGCCUUCUCAGUCGCCUCUCUGGUGGUCCCCACCGACACCACGGCCAAAUUCGCUCUCCCCGUCGACUCCGAACACAAGGCCAAGGUCUUCAAGCUCUUCUCCUUCGCCAACCCCCACAUGCGUACCUUCCACCUCUCUUGGAUGUCCUUCUUCACAUGCUUCAUCUCCACCUUCGCCGCUGCUCCACUAAUCCCUAUCAUCCGCGACAACCUCAAUCUCAAGAAAAGCGAUGUCGGCAAUGCCGGCAUCGCCUCUGUCUCUGGCAGCAUCUUCUCCAGACUUGCCAUGGGGGCCAUCUGUGACCUCCUGGGCCCACGCUAUGGUUGCGCCUUCCUCAUCAUGCUCUCAGCUCCCACUGUCUUCUGCAUGUCCCUCGUGUCAUCGGCCAGUGGAUACAUAACAGUCCGCUUCAUGAUCGGCUUCUCUCUUGCAACGUUCGUCUCAUGCCAGUACUGGAUGAGCACCAUGUUCAAUAGCAAGAUCAUAGGGCUGGUUAAUGGCACUGCUGCUGGGUGGGGCAAUAUGGGUGGUGGGGCCACCCAGCUGUUGAUGCCGUUGCUCUACGAUAUAAUCCGGCGAGCUGGAGCCACGCCGUUCACCGCCUGGCGUAUUUCCUUCUUCAUCCCUGGGUCGCUGCAUGUGAUCAUGGGAAUCUUGGUCUUGACACUAGGCCAAGAUCUUCCUGAUGGAAAUCUGGCUAGUCUUCAGAAGAAGGGAGAUGUAACCAAGGACCAGUUCUCUAAGGUGCUGUGGUACGCUGUAACAAACUACAGGACAUGGAUAUUUGCACUUCUAUAUGGCUAUUCAAUGGGCGUUGAGCUUACUACUGAUAAUGUCAUUGCUGAAUACUUCUAUGACAGGUUCAAUCUCAAACUACACACGGCAGGCGUCAUCGCAGCCACAUUCGGGAUGGCAAACAUCGUGGCCCGCCCGUUCGGAGGCUACCUAUCCGACCUCGGAGCCCGUAGGUUCGGCAUGCGGGCCCGGCUCUGGAACGUUUGGAUCCUCCAAACCAUGGGUGGGGCAUUCUGCAUCUGGCUAGGUCGCGCCAACACCCUCCCGAUCUCCGUCUUCGCCAUGAUAUGCUUCUCAGUCUGUGCACAAGCCGCAUGUGGGGCCACCUUUGGAAUCAUACCAUUCAUUUCACGCCGAUCCUUGGGCAUCAUAUCGGGCUUGACAGGGGCAGGUGGGAACUUUGGAUCAGGCCUCACACAGCUAUUGUUCUUCACAAGCUCAAAGUACUCAACUGCAACUGGUAUAUCUCUAAUGGGGGUGAUGAUCAUGGCAUGCACAUUGCCAGUGUGCUUGGUCCACUUCCCACAGUGGGGUAGCAUGUUCUUGCCUCCGUCGAGCGACGUAACAAAAUCGAACGAGGAAUACUAUUACGGAUCUGAAUGGAAUGAGGAGGAGAGACAGAAGGGAUUGCACCAAGGAAGCCUCAAGUUCGCCGAGAACAGCCGAUCAGAGCGGGGCAGGCGCAUUGCGUCGGCCCCAACACCGCCGAAUUCAACACCGGCCCAUGUGUAGAACAAGGACAGCUACAAAGGGGGUGGAAUAAGGGCUGUUGUAAUAGCAAAUUAGUGUAGUUUUGGAGUUCGGAUGGCUCAUGUUAGCUUGAGCUAUUGCAUGCAUGUUAGUACGCAUAGAUGAAAACUCGGAAACUUGGACUCAGUCUCUAGCUGGGUCGGGUCUACCCUAUCGGGUCUUCACUUCACCCGACUAAGUAUUUAAUAAUUAUAGCUUGAAUGUACCCAAAUUGAGCAAUGAUCUUGUAGGAUAUGAGCAUCUGGUUGCAUUUGGACUUGUCGCGGUUCGCGUUGCCGAUCUGGACCGUCCAUUAGAUAUUUGUAGUGUACUUUUCUUUUAUUAAUGUUAAAAAAACAACACCAAUCAAACGUU